GGCCUUGGUUUUCUCUUUCCCCGAAAAAGAAUACCUUGUAAUUGAAGGUAUCUUUACGUAGUUUCUUCAGCACCAAUCAAAGUCUUAUCUUCAACCUUUGGAAACCCUAACCUCCAUUUCCAGAGCUCGUCCUUCGAAUUCGCAAACCCAGUUGGGAUUUUCGCCAAUGGGUUCCGAAACCUUGACUCUGUCAUCACCUCCAGCUCCGACGAAGCCCGUUGCAGCAGCAGCCGCAGCCGCAGCCGCCGCACCUACAGCACUGGCUCCAGGGUUUAGGUUCCAUCCGACCGACGAAGAGCUCGUUAUUUACUACCUUAAGCGCAAGGUCUGCGGCAAAUCGUUCCGUUUCAAUGCUAUUUCGGAGGUCGACAUCUACAAGAGCGAGCCGUGGGACCUCGCGGGAAAGUCAAGGUUGAAGAGCAGGGACCAAGAGUACUAUUUUUUUAGUGUGUUGGACAAGAAAUAUGGAAAUGGGGCUAGGAUGAAUAGGGCUACAAGCCAAGGGUACUGGAAAGCCACUGGCAAUGAUCGACCAGUCCGCCAUGACUCUAGGACUGUGGGCUUAAAGAAAACACUAGUUUUCCAUAGUGGUAGAGCACCAGAUGGAAAGCGGACCAAUUGGGUCAUGCAUGAAUAUAGACUUGUAGAUGAAGAACUGGAGAAAGCUGGAGCGGGAACAGGAAGCUCGCAGGAUGCAUAUGUUUUGUGCAGAGUAUUCCACAAAAGUAAUAUAGGGCCUCCAAAUGGGCACCGAUAUGCACCUUUUAUUGAGGAGGAAUGGGAUGAUGCUGGAUCAGUUUUGAUUCCUGGAGAAGAGAUUGCAGACGGUGUAGUAGCUAGUCAUGAUGCACAAUCCGAAAGAAACAGCAAUAGUGUGUGCACUGCUGAGGGUAAUAAUAAUGGAGCAUGCCGCGAAGGAAAGGAUAGCAUGCAGGAAAAAACCAAGUUCAUCAAUAAAGAACCUGUUAUUUCAAAUGAUCCCCCAAGAAACUCUCACAAUUUCUUGUUUAUGUGCAAGAGUGAGAAGUUGGAGGAUUAUACUCCACCGUCUAUUAUUGCUAAUCCUAAACCAUUCCCGCUAAUGAAGUAUAAACGAAGAAGGCAGAGUGACCUAGUAUCCGAACUUUCAAAGGCUUCAGAGAAUUCAACCAUGUCAAAUGAAGAGCCCAGUUUAUCCGAAACUGCCAUUGGAUCACAAACGGAUGGAACAACGACAAGUGUGUCGACCCCAACUACGAAAAACUUUCUUUCAGCCUUGGUGGAAUAUUCACUAUUAGAAUCUACAGAACCAAAGGAUGCUCCCGCUCCCCCACCUGCAUUAGAAACUUCAGAUCUUAGUUCAUCUGUGCAUCCAAGCAUCCUGAAGUUCAUCCAAGAUUUGCAAAAUGAGAUCCAUAAGACUUCCAUGGAGAGGGAGACAUUGAAGUUCGAGCUGUUGAGUGCUCGGGCCAUGAUUAGUAUCCUUCAAUCCCGGAUCGUCGUGCUCAAUAAGGAGAUCAACGAUUUGAAGUCAAAUCAUGAUUAGUAGUACCCUUCAAUCCUGGAUUAUCAUCAUGCUGAAUAAGAAGACCAUAACGAUAUGAAGAAAAACGUCGACAGCAAAUGGCCAUGCCCUGUAAAUUGUUGCUGCCAUUUUGGUCUCUUGUACUCUAUCGGCAUAUGAACCCAGGCCGUUCUACUAGCUAAUGUAACUAGUUCAGUUGUCUAAGCAACUAAGCUAUCCAUUGUAAGAGUAUCAAAUUAGUGUCGUCUUUUAAAUUUUGUCAGAACUUCAACCUCUGUUAUGAAACCCAUGUUGAACUUCAUGUUGUGCUAUGGCUAAAGACCACUGAUGUGAUAACUUCAAUUUCUCAGCUGGUGGCAUUUCAUGAAAUAAUGUUGUCAGCUCAUAACUAUUAAUCUCAUCCCCACUUACAGUA